AUGGAUUUAGGAACCCGGAAGAAUUUUCCCCACAGUGAUGGCGGUAUUCUAGUCAGGAAAUACGAAAUGUUGCCCAUGACAACAAUGAAUACUGGUGAUAUUCUACAUUUGAAUACCAUAAACAUGACAUGUACUUUCAACUGUACAACGCCAGAGCUUGGCAGGAAUUUCCCUGUACUUCCGGUUGCGAUGAUGCUUUUGUUUGGAGGAAGUGGUAAUAUUCUUGCAUUGAUCAUUCUCAUCCAUACUUCACAAAGACAUAAAUGGAGGGCUUUCUAUCGGCUGGUGCUAGCUCUCGCAUUAUCCGACCUUUUGGGUCUCUUAGGCCCACUUCCGGUCUCUAUUUCCGCUUAUGUGAAUAACAUGACGUGGACCGGAGGAGAAAUCUCGUGCGCUUUUAUGUCUUUUACUUUGAUUUUUACUGGAAUGACGUCAGCGAUGUUAGCUGCAGCAAUGUCUCUGGAUCGUUUUCUAGCGGUUUGGUUUCCGUUUUUCUACACCAGUAAGUUAGGAAAAAGAUGGGCGAGUUUUACAAUAGCAGCGUUAGGGAUCUUGGCACUGGUACUGGCUUGCAUGCCUUUAAUGGGUAUAAACGAGAAUGUCCAUCAGUUUCCAGGAACUUGGUGUUUCUUUAAUCAGUUUGCUACAGACGCCGGUGGUAAGCUGUUUUCUUACCUUUAUGCCUCUCUCGGGAUGGGUAUGGUCGGGAUGAUGGUGGUCCUAAAUACACUGGUCAUUGUAGUGCUGGUCAGACGGAGGCUGCUGAAAACUGACCAUGGAGGUCGGGUGAAAUCAGAGUCACGGCGAGCUGGUGACGUGUUCAACGUGGUUUUCCUAGUGGUGCUCAUGAUGGUGUUUACUAUCUGCUGGCUUCCGUUAAUGGUACGGAUAAUAAUCAACCAAUCAGCAUUUGGCAGUGUUGACCGUUUGAGUGACCUUUUGGUUAUGAGGCUGGCCCUAACAAAUCAAAUCCUUGACCCAUGGAUCUAUAUACUUUUGCGGAAGGAUUUUGUAUCGGCAGUUGUUAACAAAGGGAAUCGUUUCGUUAACCGAGGAAGUUUUCUACGACGGAAGUCGACCGAUGAAUUUAGUCGCAGCGGACAAAGGAGAACCUAUUCUGCUACAAGUUGA